AUUUUGAGGGAGGAUGUCUGUUCUUUCUUCUUCAAAUUGUUUUGUAUUAUGAAUUUUAUGAACUUUACGUGAAUAUCGAGCUGGUCAGUUUUUUUUUCUAUUUUUUGAAAAUAAAAGAUAGAAAAGCGUUCUUCCCACUUCACUUAAAGAAGGUUGGAAUUUUUGCAAAUGGGGGAAUUCAUUUUUUUAGUGUCGUUUUAAUUCGUUGACAUGUUAUCAUAUUGCUAAAGUGCAACAUUUAUGGCCCAUGAAGCAUCAAUUGUUUUAAUUCCAAACGUUUUUGGUAAAGUUUGAUAUUGAUUACUUCAUCUUCGGAUUCAAUACUGGACUAGCCCUAUGAAGCAUCAAUCGUUCUCAUUCUCAACUUUUCCACAAUGGGUGUGUUCAGCCUUGUAAGAGAAGAAAUGGUUGUUGGAUGGUCAAAUGUUCGGCAUGUGCAGUUUGGAUACGGUGGAACUUUUAUUGAUAGUGAACGCAAGCUCUCUGUUGUCUCGCAAGUUUUCUCUCCUUGGCAUGAUUUUACUGGAUUUUCUACAUAUGCCACUGAAAGAUAUGUUGAUGUUGGGCAGCCAACUUCUUUAUCUCACCCUCAGUUAUUAGUAGAAGGGGAGAUUACACCUGGUAUCACAUGUGAUGAGUACAUCUCAAGAAGAAAAAGGCUUUUGGAGUUGCUUCCAGAAAAGAGCUUGGCUAUAAUUGCAGCUGCCCCUGUAAAAAUGAUGACAGAUGUGGUGCCAUAUCCAUUUAGACAGGAUGCUGAUUACCUCUAUAUAACAGGUUGUUCACAGCCUGGUGGUGUAGCAGUUUUAAGUGAGGAAUGUGGCUUAUGUAUGUUUAUGCCAGAUCCAGAUCCUCAUGAUGUGGUUUGGCAAGGUCAAGUUGCUGGAGUUGAAGCAGCCUUGGACUUUUUUAAGGCUGAAAAAGCAUUUCCAUUGAGUAAGAUGCACAAGAUCCUUCCAGAAAUGAUUGGACGAGCAUCAAGGUUGUUCCAUAAUGUAAAGACAGCCUUACCAUCUUACAUGGAGCUGGAGGCCUUUCGCAGGGCAAGUCUCAACAACAAAGUGAAAGAUCUUUCACAUUACACUCACGAAAUGCGCUGGAUAAAAUCUCUAUCUGAACUUAAGUUGAUGAGAGAAUCUGCAUCAAUUGCAUGCCAGUCCCUGUUGCAAACGAUGUUGCUUUCAAGGACGUUUCCAGAAGAAAGCAAGCUAUCAGCUAAGGUUGAAUAUGAGUGCAAAAUGAGAGGGGCUCAAAGAAUGGCGUUCCAUCCGGUAGUUGGUGGUGGGGCCAAUGGUAGUGUUAUACACUAUUCAAGAAAUGAUCAGAAAGUCAGAGCUGGGGAACUUGUGCUGAUGGAUAUUGGGUGUGAGUUUCAUGGUUAUCUCAGUGACCUAACCCGCACCUGGCCACCUUGUGGUAGCUUUUCUUCUGCUCAGGAAAUAUUAUAUAGUCUUAUUUUAGAGACAAAUAAGGAAUGUGUGAAGCUCUGUAAACCAGGUGUGAGCAUUCAGCAGAUACAUAAUUAUUCGGUUCAAAUGAUUAGGCGAGGACUCAAAGAGAUUGGGAUCCUGAAAGAUGAGAAUGGUUGCUCUUAUCAUCAGCUAAAUCCAACUUCAGUAGGUCAUUAUCUAGGAAUGGAUGUUCAUGACUCAGCUAUGAUCAGCAAUAACCGUCUGUUGCAGCCAGGUGUUGUGAUAACAAUUGAGCCUGGAGUUUAUAUACCCAUAUCCUAUGAUGCACCAGAUAGGUUUCGGGGGAUUGGAAUAAGGAUCGAGGAUGAAGUCCUUAUUACGGAAACUGGUUAUGAGGUUCUUACUGGAUCAAUGCCCAAAGAGAUUCCGCAUAUAAAGUCUUUACUGAAUUUUGCUUCUAGUACAGCUACAGAAGCCUCUGACUUGAGAGCAGCAUUCAGUUAAAGCUCCCUCAAACAUGCUGGGAAGAAUUUAUUCUGAUAUACAUGGUUUAAAAACCAUUAUUAUCAUUAUUUUUUAUGUCAGCGAUGGAGAGAGAUGAGUUAAAGCUGCCAAUGAUUGUAUGAGGGCUUCAGUACAGCAUCAUCCAAUUGAUUGUAUCAGAAGAGAACGGAAAAUUACCCCUGAUUUAAGUAUAAAAAAGUAGCAAGGCAUUUGGAAGCCCAUCGGUUUUCCUUUUUUUUUUUUUGCCAGCUUGAUUCUUCAAGUCUGAAAUUAUACUCUCACUGAAGGUCCAUUGAAGCUUUUGAAUCAUCUUUCUUUCAGUUAGCCUUGUUCUUAAUCAAGAAUGUGCUCACGAGGUAUUUGAUCUUCAGAAUAUCAGUGAACUUGGUCUCUCUCUUGAGGUUGAUUCAUGACUAUGGCAGGAGAAGGUUAUAGUGGAUUUGACCCAUGCUUAUUUCCUACUUUUACAGGGUUUGAGAACUAUGGAAAGAAGAUUCCUUCUAUAAAGCCAGUAUGUCAUUUUAAUAUAAAUCAAGUGAGGUGGAUUUCUGUUUUUUUCUUUGAGCCAGCUUAAAAUCGCGUUAUUGCACCUUAACUGUUAAAUUAUUAGCUGAAACUGUGAAGAGAUAACGCAGAUAACGCUGCCACCGUUUGAACAAGCCGAAUUCCCUCCAUGAAAGGAUACUGUUUACCAUUACCC